ACUUCAUAUUCGAUCUGGAUUCCCUCGAGAUAGGUUGGCUGAACUACACGGGAACAUGUUCACACAGCGCUGCCCACGUUGCAACAAAGAAUAUGUGAUGGAUCAUGUCUCACCAACCAUGGGUUUAAAACAAACAGGGGAGAAAUGUGCCGAGCAGAAGACUGGGGGAAGAUGCCGAGGUGUAUUAUGCGACACAAUAUUAGACUGGGAAGAUUCACUACCAACCGACCAACUUAAUUUAUCCGAUAAGUUUUGUAAAGCAGCUGAUCUAGCAAUUACAAUUGGUUCAUCACUGCAAAUUGUACCUGCAGCCAACUUACCUCUUCUAACAAAGAAAAAUGGUGGAAAAGUCGUGAUUAUCAAUCUACAACAAACCAAACAUGAUAAGAAAGCAGAUUUGUUAAUAAGAGGGUAUGCUGAUGACAUAAUGCGCAUUGUGAUGAACAAACUCAACAUUUUAGUUCCUUCUUACACGAAACCUGUUGUACGUUUGUGUUCGGAUAAUAAAAUACCAGAUUCUGUUAAUCUGGAUACAAGAAAAAGGAGAAAAAGAAAAUCAACAGAUAUUAAAAAGAAAAAUGAAACAUCUGAAAUUAUACAAACAGAUAUUAAAGAGCCAAAUGUUAAAUUAUUGAAAGAAACAAAAGCAGAAACUGAAAAUAAAUUCAAUCUUGCAUCAAGUAAUGUGAAAAUAGAAAAUGAUUGAAAAACAAUGAGCAAAUUUUGCGCUGUUUUAUUACUGUUGUUGCAGGGUACGUCAUUUGAAUAUUGCAAACAGUUUGGAAUUUUGUUGUUCUGUAUAUUAUAUUACUGAUAACUACAUAGGCGCCAAACCUGGGGUGGCAGGGUGGGCAGGCCAACCCUUGAAUUUUCUGCUCUGCAUUAAUCAGUAAACAUUACAACCAAUAAGUUAGAUUUGUUUCCCAGGAUUGUGUGUCUAACUAUCCCUGCCUCCCUUGUGUUUUAAAAACUUAGACGCUUUUGUUAUGUUUACACUUCAAUCAUUGCCAUUUUACAACUACUUCUAUUAAACUCUCUUUCCUC